GUGUCAUCGUCAUUCUGGACCGGCGCCAUCUGAUCCCAGAUUACAGCGCACUGGGGUCCGUGCUGCGGAUAUCAGGCCGGGUUGACACUUUCAAGAGAGCCAUCGCAACUGUGUGCCAGUCGUUGGACUUCAGGUUGGGCGUGGCUCCGCCAGGCGAAGCCGAGGCUCACCGCGCCGCAGAUCGGCGUUUGCUCGAUUGCCUCCUCUUGCAGCGCGCGCUUCGCAAGGAGUUCUCGAGCCCGUUUGAGGGCGCGAAGGACCAGCGCGUCACAGAGAGGGCGAGCAUGUUGUUCGACCACCUCCAGGCGCCGUGGGGCAAGGGCGACAUCAUCCACUAUUGCGUUGCAGGCUGCAGGUGUGGCAGAUCGCGAGAGAGGGCGAUCUCGUAUCUCAUUGAGCUGCUGUACUGGCUCUUCAUCACCAUGAUGCCAACGUGCACGGGCUUCUCCAG